CGUGGUGCGCGCGCAGUUCACUUUUCUCUCUCGCCGCCCAAUGUUCGGCGCGCUUCGCUCCGGGGCGCAGAUUUCCAAUUUUAAAGGGCAGUUCAAGAUCACAAACGCCAAUUGUUCUAUUCAACGUUCACUUUCAGUUACGGAUUUUACAUUUUAAUUCUGUGAAUAUGGUCUGGACAACGAUAUACGAUGGCAAAACUGAGACGGGCUCCUCCGACAAGCCCGGAAUGCAGCUGCUGGCGGCCAACGUGGGCUCCCAGUUGCAGCACAUCUGUGCCCUCGACAUCGACUCCAAGGCGUCGUACGUUCGACUCUCGGGCAUCAUCUGUACUAUUGGUCCGGCCUCCCGCGAUGUCGCCAUGCUUGAGAAGAUGAUGGAAACGGGCAUGAAUGUGGCCCGCAUGAACUUCUCCCACGGCUCGCACGAGUACCACGCCGAGACUAUUAAGAACUGCAGAGAAGCAGAGAAGAAUUACAGUGCCAAGCUUGGCAUCCCGUUCUCUCUGGCCAUCGCUCUCGACACCAAGGGUCCAGAGAUUAGAACAGGUCUCCUCGAAGGUGGUGGUUCGGCUGAAGUGGAACUGAAGAAAGGUGACACAAUCAGGUUGACCACCGACCCCUCGUACCAAGAGAAGGGCAACGCGUCCACCAUCUUUGUGGACUACAAGAACAUCACCAACGUAGUGAAGCCAGGCAACAGGAUCUUCAUCGAUGAUGGGCUCAUUUCUGUGAUCUGUCAGUCUGCUACGGCUGACACUCUUGUGUGCACGAUUGAAAAUGGAGGUAUCCUUGGAUCGAGGAAGGGCGUUAACCUGCCUGGAAUCCCAGUGGAUUUGCCAGCUGUCUCAGAGAAGGACAAGGCUGACUUGCUGUUUGGUGUUGAACAAGGCGUCGAUAUGAUCUUCGCGUCGUUCAUCCGCAACGGUGCAGCCCUACAGGAGAUCCGCAGCAUCCUCGGCGAGAAGGGGAAGAACAUUCAAAUCAUCUCCAAGAUUGAAAACCACCAAGGCAUGGUCAACCUUGAUGAAAUUAUUGCUGCCUCGGACGGCAUUAUGGUCGCCCGUGGUGAUCUCGGUAUCGAGAUCCCACCAGAGAAGGUGUUUUUGGCUCAGAAAACUAUGAUUUCCCGCUGUAACAGGGUGGGCAAACCAGUCAUCUGUGCAACUCAAAUGUUGGAGUCUAUGGUGAAGAAGCCUAGACCAACCCGCGCGGAGACCUCGGACGUUGCCAAUGCCAUUCUAGACGGAGCUGACUGUGUCAUGUUGUCAGGGGAGACCGCCAAGGGAGAUUAUCCCCUUGAGUGUGUACUCACUAUGGCCAACAUCUGCAAGGAAGCUGAAGCCGCUAUCUUCCAUAAACAACUAUUUACUGAUCUCGUUAGUGAGGUGAAACGGCCCAGUGAACCAGCGCACUCUGUAGCCAUCGCGGCCGUGGAGGCGUCCACUACGUGCCUCGCGGCCGCCAUUGUGGUGAUCACCACCAGUGGCCGCUCGGCGCAUCUGCUCAGCAAGUACCGCCCGCGGUGCCCUAUAAUCGCCGUCACGCGGCAGGCGCAGACUGCGCGACAGGCACAUAUCUACCGUGGUGUACUGCCUAUCGUCUAUACAGAACCGCCGGCGAGCGACUGGCUCAAGGAUGUGGACAACCGCGUGCAGUACGGUCUGAAGUUCGGCCGCGCGCGCGGCUUCAUUACAACCGGGGAUAAUGUUGUCGUCGUCACCGGCUGGAAGCAGGGCUCCGGCUUCACUAACACAUUGCGCAUCAUUCAAGUGGAAUAAGGUGUCGCUGCACAAAUCAACUAACAAGAUACAAAUGUUUUAAGUAUUAUAUUAGCGCCGAGAGGAGCGAGUGAUAUCUAAUGAGAUCUAGUGCACUUUGAAUACACGUGUAUAAAUAUAAUUUAAUGUAUAAAUGUUCUCAAAUAUUUAUUUAUAUGAAUAAAUGAUAAUAUUUUACCAAGAUUAUUGUAUUGUUGCAUAUGUGUAACGCAAUAAUAAAAUAUUCUAAAAAUA